UACACAUCCCUAUCCUCUCAUUCUUAACUGCUUCAGGAUGCGCUGUUUACUCGUCGCUUCUGUACUCGCCGCCGGCCUCGCUGGCACGCUUGCAACCUCAACACCGCCUCCAUUGGAACGUCGUGGCGACGCCGACAUCCGCCGUUCCCGCAAGACCAUGGGCUUUGGUCCCGAGCAUCCGCAUGCUGUCUUCCGAACAGAUGUUGCCCAGGCCUUCCAACCAGCCGGCUUCCGGGCCUCGGAGAAGCCGCAUCCCUUCGAGAUCGCGAAGAGCUUCGUGAAGACCCUCAUGCCGGAGGGUUCAUCGUUGAGAGACGAGGUUGACAGCUCCGUGGCCUUCUAUGUCCGCCCGGACUCGUACGUCGACAAGAACACCGGUAUCGCGCACGUAUACCUCCGCCAGACCGUGUUCGGAAUUGAGGUUGCGGACGGAGACGUGAAUGUCAACGUGAAUGUUCGGGACGGUCGUGUGCUUUCGUACGGUAGUUCGAUCCACACGAAUGGUCUUCCGUCACAGCUCUUUACCACCCAGUCCGAUUCCGAGCACGUCCAGGACAAGCUCUGCGCCAACCUGGGCACGGAGUACAACUCCAGAUGGUCACAACUCCGUCAACGUAUCGAGUCUCUGCACCCCACUCGACCUGACGGGCAGGACCCGUUGACCCUCGCCGCUAGCGAUCCGGCCGAGCGCCAGCGACUCGAUUCUCUUGCGACCGAGAUACUUGGCCAAGUUCCACAGCUGUUCAGCUCGAACUGUGAUCGCCUUCGCCAUGCUUCUUCUUCCGCCAUUACCCCUCAGUCUGAGGAGGAGAAUCCUCUCUCUGCUCUCCUUGCGUUCAUGCUCCAUGCGACACCCUCCUCCGAGCUCGCCUCCGCCAUUCACUCGUCUCCUCGUAAAUAUCUCGACGGCAUGAUGCUGACCAUGGCCCAUCAUCUGCACAACACAGAUGCGCCGGCGAGCCCAGCUUUUGAGAUCGACGGCGUCCCCGACGCAACUGACAAGGUGCGCGGACGCCUGGCCUGGAUGCAGGUCCCCAAGGCAGAUGGUGGCGAGAUGAGUCUCGAGCUUGUCUGGAAGUUUGACGUCCCGAUGGCCGACAACUGGUAUGAAGCGGCGGUCACCUACAGUGAACCGCAUCGGAUCGUGUCUGUCGUCGACUGGGCCGCAGACGGCUUCGUGGACGCGCCGGUCAACUUCGUUGACUGGUUUGCGCCUUUCCCGAAAGAGCCUCCCACCGAGUUCCCAAGCACACGCGCGUCAGCGGAGUACCUUGUACACGAGUGGGGUAUCAACGACCCGUCAGAGGGUAACCGCACGUUCCAGUAUGAGAACUUCGAUGCUCUCGCCAGCCCCAUCGGCUGGCAAGUUGUCGAGCUCUCGGGCGACCCUGCUACCUCGAGCAAAGGGACUCUAUCAUUCAGGAACACUUCCACGACAUGGGGCAACAACGCCUUUUCUCACGAGAACUGGGAAGGCGAGAACGCCUGGGUAACAAAUUACAGACCCGAGGCCGCUAUUCGCGUUUCGAAGGAUGCCGAUGGGGAGGAGGGCGAGCGCGCCGUUUUCGACUUCACGUACGAUCCCAAGGCUACUGAGCGCUCCGAGUCUAUGCGCGAGGCUCGCAAGUACAUCAAUGCGACCGUUACGCAGCUGUUCUACACCACCAACUUAUUCCAUGAUCUCACCUACCGCUAUGGCUUCGACGAGAUUUCUGGUAACUUCCAGCAGCACAACUUCGCCCGCGGUGGUAAGGGAAACGACGCAGUUAUCACCAACGCUCAGGAUGGCAGCGGGUACAACAACGCCAACUUCAUGACCCCUCCUGAUGGCCAGAAUGGUCGCUGCAGGAUGUACCUUUGGAACACCGCCAACCCAUACAGGGACGGUGAUAUGGAGGCUGGUAUCAUUAUCCAUGAGCUUGCACAUGGCCUUUCCACUCGCCUCACCGGCGGACCGGCGAACUCGGGCUGCCUCGGCUGGGGUGAGAGUGGUGGUAUGGGCGAGGGCUGGGGAGACUUCCUGGCCACCACCAUUCGCAGCGUGAAGGACCGCGUUGCCGACGCCAAGGUUGCGGAGGACGGCCUCGGUGAACCUCGCGACUAUUCCCUGGGUGCUUGGGCUGCCAACACCGAUAAGGGUAUCCGAAACUUCUUAUACAGCUUGAACAUGACUGUCAACCCGUCGACCUACAAGACCCUUGACAAGCCCGGCUAUUGGAGUGUGCAUGCGAUUGGCGAAGUCUGGGCGGAGAUGCUUUGGGUGGUCGAGCAGAAGCUGAUCAAGAAGCACGGUUUCUCGGACACGCUCUUCCCGCCCAAGCCAUAUAAGAACGGCACGGUCCCGCUCGGCGACUUCUACCGCGAGACUCCCGGCGGCACGCUCGUCCCGAAGCACGGCAACACGCUCGCGGUGCAGCUCGUCAUCAGCGGCAUGAAGCUCCAGCCCUGCCGCCCCUCGUUCUUCGACGCGCGCGAUGCCAUCAUUCAGGCAGACGAGCACCUCACCGGCGGCGAGAACUACUGCGAGAUUUGGAACGGCUUUGCGGAGCGCGGGCUUGGUCCUGAUGCUCGUGUCGACGGCCGCACGCCGUGGGGCGGAGGAAUCCGCACCGACGACUUCCAGGCGCCCACGCGCUGUUCCAAGGGGUCUGCGCUCUGAGCCCACCCCUGUCGACGGUGAUGGUACUGCCGACCAGCUCUUUCGGAGUGCCUGCUUCCAUCGUCUGUCGUGGGCUGUCUGGCGUCUUUCCUUGUGUUGUUGCGAUUAAUACAGACGAUACCCCGCCUGUCUACAGUUACUCCAGUAAUCUAGUCUCCCACCGUCCCUGUAGAGGUUGUAGAGCUACCUUCGUCCUUUUUUGUAUACUAGCUCACGUACGCCCUAUAUCAUGACUGUUAUCUGUCGUCUCAUGUCUGGGCUGAGCUCGUGGUAGUAUUGGGCUCGCCCUUCAUAGCCAUGUAAUAGACACACGUGCGGGUAUGUCCUGAAGCUCUU